AUGGCAGAGUCGGCCUACUCCUUCUCCUUGACCACGUUCAGCCCCAGCGGCAAGUUGGUGCAGAUCGAGCACGCCUUGAACGCCGUCGCUCAGGGCGCCACCUCCUUGGGUCUGAAAGCCACAAACGGCGUUGUGAUCGCGACCGAGAAGAAGCUCCCAUCGAUGCUCAUCGACGAGAGUACGGUGCAGAAGGUGCAGCUGCUGUCGCCCAAUGUGGGGGUGGUCUACAGCGGCAUGGGACCAGACUUUCGUGUGCUGGUGCGGAAGGCACGCAAGAGGGCGCAGCAAUACUUCAUGCUGUACAAGGAGAACAUCCCCGUUGCACAGCUCGUCAGGGAGACAGCUGCCGUGAUGCAGGAGUUCACACAACGAGGAAGUGUUCGCCCAUUUGGGGUCUCGUUGCUGAUGGCUGGCUACGAUGAGCAUGGUCCCCAGCUCUACCAAAUUGACCCAUCGGGGUCGUACUUUGCAUGGAAGGCCUCUGCCAUCGGCAAGAACAUGGUUAAUGCGAAGACGUUCCUUGAAAAGCGAUACAGUGAGGAGAUGGAGCUUGAGGAUGCUGUGCACACUGCGCUUUUGACUCUCAAGGAGGGAUUCGAGGGCCAAAUUACAUGUCACAACAUUGAGGUGGCGGUGGUGGGUGAUGACAAUAAAUUCAAAGUGCUCACAGCUGCAGAGGUGUCUGACUACCUUGAGGAAGUGGAGUGA